UUCAGCUGCAGUGUCAAAUGACGUUAGUACCGUCGGAUCCGCCUUGGCCAGCGGCUUCCACAAAUAGAUGACUGAUGUCCGCUGAGCCGUGUAAACAAAGCGCCCGGACAACAACAACAACAACAACAUUGUUUUAGCGUCGCCUUUUAAGGCCAAAUAGUGAUGGCCACGGUUAAAAAGGACAACAGGCUGACAAGUUCGCAAAGCUUCUCGUGCGUCGGCUUUGCGGGUUUAUUCAGUAAAAGCGCUACGUCGCCUUUGGAAGUAGUGAAGAUUAAAAGUCAGGUGGGAACAUUUCACUGUAAAAAAGGCUUGGGCCAAACUUUUCUCCUCAUCUACCACAAUGAGGGACUCAAAGGCUUUUGGAAGGGGAACUUCGUGUCUUGUCUCCGCUUGUUCCCCUACACCGCAGUCCACCUGACAACCUACAGAAAGAUAGUGCACCAUCACAUGGAUGAACUGGGCUUCAUCUCCCAGGCGAGGGCCAUCAUUGCGGGCGGGCUGGCGGGCGUGGCAGCCGCCCUGGUCACAUACCCUUUGGAGGUGGCCGAGACCAGGCUGAUCGUUCAGAACUGCAGGGAGCCUUCGUACGCAGGCGUGCUUCACACGCUGGCCAAGAUCCAGAGCACUGAAGGGCUUUUCGCUCUCUACAGAGGUUUUUCCCUCACUGUUUUAGGCGCAUUUCCCUUCUCUCUGGGAUGCUACGUCAUCUACACGAACGUGGACAAAGUGUGGCAGGAGCCUCCUUUCCGCUUCUCGCCUCUGCAGAACUUCAUCAAUGGCUGUCUGGCGGCAGGGGUUGCGCAGACGCUCUCCUAUCCUUUUGAGACUGUCAAACGCAAGAUGCAAGCGCAGAGUUCCCGACUGCCACAUUAUGGCGGCGUGGACGUGCAUUUCGGCGGCAUGAUGGACUGUUUCGUACAGGUGGUCAAAAAUAAGGGCGUCCUCUCACUCUGGAGUGGCCUUACCGCCAACACAAUAAAGAUUGUCCCCUACUUCGGCCUCCUCUUCGCCUGCUUCGAGCUGUGCAAGCAGGUUUGCCUUUACCGCAACGGCUACAUCGUGUCGCCGCUGAGCUACACGCUGACGCCAGGCGUGGACCAGAGCCUCAGGCCGGCCGAGUUGCAGGAGGUGAAGCGCUACCUGAGGAACAGGAGCUUUGAAGCGGCCGGCCAGUCCACCAUCGGAAACCGCUGGUGAAAACCUCUACCGGCGAGGAAAAAUAACGAAUAUACUCUGACAGCACUUGCAAUAAUACACCUACUCAACCUCAUGACAUCCAACACAAAAAUGUGCCUUUACAGUGAAUCUCCGUUUGUAGCAGGGGAUACGUUCCAGACCCACCUGUGAUAUAGAGAGACCAAAUAAGAAUUAAAAAAAAUAAGAAUAAUUAUUCCUCCCACAUUCUUUAAACACAUUUAAACUUAUUAUAAAACACGUUUUAAAUUAUUCCUUGGCACCUGUUGUUACUCUUUUGGUGUCAAGAAUUGGGAAUCAAUCGUACAACAUCACUUUAAGGAAAGGAAAGGAAGACUCUCACUUGCACAAUUGUCCAAAUAAGAGCCAAAGCGUGCUUGCGUCAACACGUUUGUCACUCCCUGUUGAAUUUUACCCAGUUUGGCGCACACGUAAGGAGCAGAAUGUGGGGUGGAACAGAGUAAUCGCAUUUCCAUAAAUUUGAAUGGAAAAAGAUGAUUUGAGAUACAAAUGUUUUGAAUUACGAGCAUGGUCACAAAUCAAACUCUCAAGUCAAGACACCACUGCAUUCCUUAGUGCCCGGUCGUACUCUUUCGCUGUCAAAAAAUGGAAGCCAUACAUAUAACAUGACUUUGAGGAAACUCGCUUGCACAUUUCUCCAAAUAAGAGGCAAAAUGUACUUGCACAUAAAAAAAGAAUCAAACAUUGUCUGUUUAAACACCAAACUGUUCAACUAAACCAUAUCAUUUCAUCUAGCAAAGGUCUGCUAGCUUAAUCCUAAUAUAUAAUGCUGAACACCAUAGACAGGCUAACUGAAAUUAGUCCGAGUUUGGCAGGUGAUGCAAAGUUUGAGCUUCACAUAAGAUGCAGCCGCUUUUUCGUUCAGCCAUUUUCCUGAGUUGAGUUAGUGGGUAUCAACCACGAAUAACAAGUAGUUUAACUACAUUACAGCAACACCUGAAACUGAUUGGAUCAUUUUUCUGCAUUUUGCCUGUAAUCGACUAUUGCAUACGAUCGACCAACCGAAUAGAUGUCAUACUAAAACCAGGUGUCAGACUCAUUUUGAUCUACUGCAUAUUAUACAUACAACAGGGAGGGGAAAAAUGGGAUUUUAAUGGCAUGGGACAUUUCAAAAUCUACGAAAUGGAGGCGGCGCUUACAAUAAUCUGCAAUAUAGCGGGGGUUCACUGUACAAAGAUAAUUCUGGGUUUUAAGAGGCAUUCAUUUAACAAUUUCCUUUUUAGUAAGUGUAACAAACACUAUCUUACAAAUGGACCCCACUGUAUUUAUGUUUUAGUUCUGAUGCAUUUUUACACUUCUGACGUAUUGACUCAUAAAUGCUACUUUUUUGUACAUUGUCAUUUGAAUAGGCUUAUUUUUAUUAUUUAUAUAAACUGAUUUUUUUGUGUGUACCUUUUAAUUUGAAUCGUUUAACUUUUAUGAUUUAUGUUACCUGCGUCAAUACAAACUAAGCAUUUGUAAAGGCAACAUUUUAUAAGAUCUCAUACAUUUGUGUUCCUAUUGUCAUUUGCAAUAAUGACAUAAUAAUAAUAACAUGACAUAAUUAAAUGAUUUAUUCCUUCUAUCUCUUUUUCCUGUCAGUGUUAAAAGGAAGUACAUUUUGUUUGUAUAGCACCUUUCACAGAGAGGCCUCAGAAAGUGCUAUACAUGCCUAAAAGUCACCUAUAAACAUGAUAGUGUUAACUCACAAACAUGAUGGUGUUAAUACAAGAAAAAGUUGAUCAAAACAAGUCCUACGUUUUUUCAACUGCUUUUUGUGUGUUAUAACCUCUUUCUAUCAGGGAGAUUAUAUAUUCAGAGCCACAUCAGUGAGAUUACACACCAAAUCCGCCACAAUUCUUCAUGGAAUCGAGUAAAUGUAGAGAAUUGAUUGCCUUCUGAGUUUAUAAUAGUCAAGUGCACAUUGCAUCUUUGUCUUGCCACCACAAAGGACUGUAUUAACAUAUGUGCCUUGAUAUAAUUUAUUUCGGUUAUUACAGCACACAAAAGAUGGAUGUAUGAUGAAUAUUUGAAACUGCUGUACAAUUUAGUGUGCGAUGUUUUGAAAUGAAU